GCAACAACAACAACAGCAACAAACUCCACAAAGUGAUGAGCUUCAUUAAACAAUUUGCCUCAACGACUGUCGGCAUGAUGGCCAUCGCCAUCGGAUCCACGGCUGUCGUAUAUUGCACCAAUCGUUUUUUAAUUAAACCGUAUCAGAGUAAAAAGCAACGUUUGGAAGCCGAAGCCUGUGCGGAGUAUAUAUUUCAGCAGGAAUCCCAGAAGCGUGGAUAGAUCAAAUAGAUGGCACUUGUUAACUGUUCCAGAUCUUUAUAAUAGUUUUUCCUAUAUUUACACAUACAUUUAUAAAUAGUAACGUAGAUAAUAGAUUUCAAUGGAAAAAUAAUUUGGGCACCUGAAA